AUGGGCAGAAUAGCAGGUUUGGCAAAUCAUUACCGCAGCAGUGAGGAUCAAGUUGCUAUUCAGUCAAGAGGAUCCACGUCUAAGAAGAUCCUCGAUCCAGUUAUUAGGAGAUCUGGCAACAUCUCUUGGCCAGGAGACCAAUUUGGAGGCAUUCAAGGAUCGAGUGAGAUCCAAGGGAACGUCAUCACUUUACUCUUGCAUCUAUGCGAUCCAGACGUGUAUGUUGUCAAGGCCUGUAAAAGUACGAUCCAGAAGGUUGGGCCUUAUCUGGAUUUUCCGGAGGUAUACCGCAUGAUGCAGGAGUGUUUGGGCGACGACACCGACUUGAUGUUCACGGAUUUUAUUAAGGAGUUAAUUAAACGCAUGGGAUUUAUGGAAUCAAUGAUAUCAAGGUUAUUUGGGGGUCAAAUCGAGGACCAAUUGGUUUAAAGGUGGUGUCGAAGGGCCAAUCCCGCCCUUGUCAUCAGUUUGUUCUACGCCGAACUACUACCCGCGAAUAAACCGAAAGUUUCACUGGAAACUGUCUGUGAUAAACUGAUCAGACUGAU